ACGUCAGCAACCUGCAACUCAACCAACGACCUAACGGACCACCGAGCCCCUACCGGAGUCACCGGGAGGCAGUCGAGAGUCCGCCACAGACCGAGUCCCCGCCGCCUGCCUCGGAGGAGCCAAACGGAGGAAGAGCGUUCCGGAAUGAAAACGAUGAGAGCGCUGCUCACCGCCGCCAAGUAACGCGCAAACACACACACACACACACACACACACACCCUACCGACGACGAGCGGAGAGGAAGAGCACCGGCACCGUGAUUUACCGACUGCAGCGACAGCAGAGAGACGGACGGAGCAGCACCGAGGCCCCGCUCGAGAAAACGGAACGACCGCGGUGGCUGCGCCGAGUUGCUUUUGCGCUGCGGACCGAAAAACCGAGCGGAUCCUUCGUUUGAACGCGUUAACGGCGCCGUGCUCCUGGUUUGAGAGACACACGGAACACAACCGCGGCAGGAGAGACGGGAGGAACACAAACAAAAAACAAAAAAAGGAAGAGAUUUGCAACCAGCUUUGGUCCCGCGCGCGAGUCUUGUUGAAUCCCCAUUUUGUUGUAGUUUUUUUUUCCCGCGGGUCCCGGUACCGGUUAAGCUAUCAAGCUGUGUUCUCUAACCAUGGGAUGUACUCUGAGCGCAGAGGAGAGGGCGGCUCUGGACCGGAGCAAAGCCAUCGAGAAGAACCUCAAAGAGGACGGAGUCACCGCGGCCAAAGACGUCAAGCUGCUGCUGCUCGGGGCCGGAGAGUCAGGGAAAAGCACCAUCGUCAAACAGAUGAAGAUCAUCCAUGAGGACGGUUUCUCUGGCGAUGACGUAAAGCAGUACAAGCCUGUCGUUUACAGCAACACCAUCCAAUCUCUGGCUGCCAUCGUCCGUGCCAUGGAUACACUGGGCCUGGAAUAUGGAGACAAAGAACGGAAGGCGGAUGCUAAGAUGGUGUGCGACGUGGUCAGUCGCAUGGAGGACACAGAGCCUUACUCUGCCGAGCUGCUCUCCGCCAUGAUUCGCCUGUGGUCCGACUCAGGCAUCCAGGAGUGUUUCAGCCGAGCCCGCGAGUACCAGCUCAACGAUUCAGCGCAGUACUACCUAGACAGCCUAGAUCGGAUUGGUGCCACGGACUACCAGCCCACGGAGCAGGACAUCCUGAGGACCAGAGUGAAGACCACUGGCAUCGUCGAGACACACUUUACCUUCAAAAACCUCCACUUCAGGCUGUUUGAUGUAGGAGGUCAGAGGUCGGAGAGGAAGAAGUGGAUCCACUGUUUUGAGGAUGUCACCGCUAUUAUUUUCUGUGUGGCGCUCAGCGGAUACGACCAGGUGCUGCAUGAGGACGAGACCACGAACCGUAUGCACGAGUCUUUGAAGCUGUUUGAUUCCAUCUGUAACAACAAGUGGUUUAAGGAAACCUCUAUCAUUCUCUUCCUGAACAAGAAGGACAUCUUUGAAAAAAAGAUCACCAAGUCUCCACUGUCCAUCUGCUUCCCCGAGUACACCGGUCCAGACACGUACUUGGAGGGAAAAGAGUACAUUAAAUGUCAGUACGAGAGCAAGAACAAGUCACCCAGCAAAGAAGUCUACGCCCAUGUGACCUGCGCUACAGACACCAACAACAUCCAGUUUGUCUUCGAUGCCGUCACCGAUGUCAUCAUAGCGAAUAACCUGCGGGGGUGUGGCCUGUACUGACAAAGACGUAACAUUUUGGCCAUUGGAUGACUGAUGUUUGACUUGUUUACUGUUCCAGUUUGUAGCAUGUAUUAUGUGGCCGAUAUUAGUGAUGUCAUCAUAUGAUAAUCAGUCAAAGAUGGGGCACAGGCUGUGUUUGUGUGGUCACCAUAUUGUUUUACCGUAAAUUAAUUAAUUAAUGGAUUGAUUGGAUGAGUACCUGGUUGGGACUUCCUCUGCCGUACUUGCCUAUUUGACGUCCUCCUUAAAAAACCUACCACAAUUUCCCGCAGCUAUGUGUAUUUAGUUAACUCUAAAUCUUAGGCCAGUGUGUUGUAGACAUCCUGCACAUUGGUCCAGUUGACUGCAGAGAUAUAAUGAUCCUGAGACUUGUUUGUAAAUACAGUAGUGCUUUACUCAAAGAACUGGAUGGAUUACUAAUUAAUCUAAAUAAACAGUGGCCAUCUAAUAGGGCUUCCAGCAAACGUGUUUAAUAGAAAUCCCUCCUCUACCCCAAAUUAUUGUAAUAAUUAAAAAUUAAAUCAGAUUUGCUAGUCUUCUGUCUAAGUCAUGACUAAGUCUUCGUCUUAGUCAUGUACCUUACACAAAGGGCCAUUGUCAAAGUGAAUAUAAAUAUAUAUUUAAAACUAGUCAAGGUCAAGAUGCACUUCAGAAUUUAUUCUGCCCAUGUCAUGUCAAAGUGUUGUAGUGUCUUCUAAGAGAUUCUGAAUGACGCUUAGUCAUCAGCAAAAUGCAUUUCAACAAAUAUAUAUAUAUAUAUAUAUAUAUAUAUAUAUAUAAUAGUUAAUGUGAGCGCCUUAAUUAUGUUGUAUCUGUUUUGAUUUUGUUUUCUGAUAGUCCUCUAGUCGCAUACGGUCCAACUGCAUUGUUGCACUAUUCAGCUCCAAAUUAAUUUGUAGUUAUGCAGUAAGACAUUAGUAAACAUAUCGUGAUCAUGAAUGCAGUAAGAAAAAACCAAGCAUGUUAAAUUAUUAGACAAAAUUAAACUUUACUCAUUAUUAUGAAAUAUAUAUUAUUUGUAAAAACAGUUACUGAGCCUUCUGAGAGACCAGAAGCGCAUGAUGAAAUAUAAUUUGAAUUUAUUAUUAUUAUUAUUAUUACUAAUCAUUAUGGUUGUAGUUUUAAUUUGUUGAAUUUCUAAAAAAAAACAGUAUUUUUAUUAAAGUUACAUUUAUUUUUGUUAAAACAAUGUAUUCAUUAGUUUAAUAUUAACCAUUUUGAAUCAAAUGGCGUGACGCCUAGCUAAAUAUAAAUAUUCAUCAGAUAGGACCGUCCCUCCCCUGGCACCAUAGAAACACAGUGUUAACACAUCAAACCUCCUUCUGUCACAUUUCUUUUUUUUUUUACUGCAUUUUGAAUGGAUGUUACUCAAAAACUUAUGUCUAAAUUAAAGGCCCCGAAUGUCAGACUUAUCCAUUUACAGUUGUGUUUUAGCUAAUAAAAAGCUAAAUCAGCAUUUACAUUAGCCAAUGGGUUUCCAGAUUGCAUUUUAUCCAACGUGUUCCUGUUCUUUCACGCACCACACAGACUGUCUACCUGCCUGCCUGCACGCAUGCUGGCCAAAGCUUGCUCAAAAAUGUCCGUCCGAUAUUACCCUGACUACGAACAAUAACUUGUCAUGUGAACAGAUCCUCCGUUCACAUGCGUAGGCUGUUUAUAGGGUUCAUGGUUUGAGCAAUAUUUGCUUUCCAUCUUAUCGAACGCUACCCAGCGGCAGUUUAUGCAGCUCAACUGAAUUGUGUGUUGAGCCUCAUGGUUGUUAUCCCAGUGGAUGCAUUUCAUUUGAGAGCAAAUGUGGUUUUGUUCCUUCAGAAGAAGGGUUUUUAAAUUGUUUCUAUCUUAUUUAAUGUCAUUUUCGUUUUUGAUCAAAGUUAGAAGAGGCGAGCUGCAAAUAUAUUGCAGGUUGUAACAUUUAAAAAUGUAGCUUGAAAGUCGAUAGUUAAGUCUUUUAUUUAUUUUAUAUUUUGUGUUUCAGCAUUCAUGCGUCACAAUAAAUCAGCUACUAGUGGCAGUGUUUUCAGACAGUUCACAGAUAACGUCUCAACGGAGGCAUUGAUUUCACAGGGCCCAGAGACAACAUCCCUGUGUGAAGCUGCUCAAUGUAAUCUCUUUACCGUCCACCUCUCUGCCUGAGCUUUGAAAAAUACAUUCCUGUGAGAAUAAA